AUGGCGCUGCUUGUUCGACUCUCUCUUUCUUUGUUUCAUCCUGUCUUUCUUUCUUUCUUUCUUUCUUUCUUUCUUUCUUUCUUUCUUUACCUUUCCUUCUUAGGUUUUACUCUCUCUUUCUUUGUUUCAUCCUCUCUGUAUCUUUCUUUCUUUCUUUCUUUCUUUCUUUUUUUCUUUCUUUCUUUUCUUUUCCUUCUUAGGUUCGACUCUCUCUUUCUUUUGUUUCAUCCUGUCUGUAUCUUUCUUUCUUUCUUUCUUUUCUUUCUUUCUUUUUCUUUCUUUCUUUCUUUCUUUUUCCUUCUUAGGUUUCUCUCUCUUUCUUUGUUUCAUCCUGUCUGUAUCUUUCUUUCUUUCUUUCUUUCUUUCUUUCUUUUUUCCUUUUCCUUCUUAGGUUCGACUCUCUCUUUCUUUGUUUCAUCCUGUCUGUAUCUUUCUUUCUUUUUUUUCUUUCUUUCUUUCUUUUCUUUCUUUCUUUCUUUACUUUUUUUCCUUCUUAGGUUCGACUCUCUCUUUCUUUGUUUCAUCCUGUCUGUAUCUUUCUUUCUUUCUUUCUUUCUUUCUUUCUUUCUUUCUUUUUCUUUUUCCUUCUUAGGUUCGACUCUCUCUUUCUUUGUUUCAUCCUGUCUGUAUCUUUUUUUUUUCUUUCUUUCUUUCUUUCUUUCUUUUUUCUUUCUUUUUUUUUCCUUCUUAGGUUCGACUCUCUCUUUCUUUGUUUCAUCCUCUCUGUAUCUUUCUUUCUUUCUUUCUUUCUUUCUUUCUUUCUUUCUUUCCUUUUCCUUCUUAGGUUUUACUCUCUCUUUCUUUGUUUCAUCCUCUCUGUAUCUUUCUUUCUUUCUUUCUUUCUUUCUUUCUUUCUUUCUUUCUUUCCUUUUCCUUCUUAGGUUCGACUCUCUCUUUCUUUGUUUCAUCCUGUCUGUAUCUUUCUUUCUUUCUUUCUUUCUUUCUUUCUUUCUUUCUUCCUUCUUAGGUUCGACUCUCUCUUUCCUUGUUUUCUCUCUCUUUCUUUUGUUUUCAUCCUCUCUUCUUUCUUUCUUUCUUUCUUUCUUUCUUUCUUUCUUUCUUUUUUUCCUUCUUCUUUCUCUCUUUCUUUGUUUCAUCCUCUCUGUAUCUUUUUUCUUUCUUUCUUUCUUUCUUUCUUUCUUUCUUUUCUUUACUUUUCCUUCUUACCUCUCUCUCUUUCUUUACUUUCUUCCUCUCUUUUCUUUCUUUCUUUCUUUCUUUCUUUCUUUCUUUCUUUACCUUUCCUUCUUAGGUUCGACUCUCUCUUUCUUUGUUUCAUCCUGUCUGUAUCUUUCUUUCUUUCUUUCUUUCUUUCUUUCUUUCUUUCUUUCUUUCUUUCUUUCUUUCCUUUUCCUUCUUAGGUUCGACUCUCUCUUUCCUUGUUUCAUCCUGUCUGUAUCUUUCUUUCUUUCUUUCUUUCUUUCUUUCUUUCUUUACUUUUCCUUCUUAGGUUUUACUCUCUCUUUUUAUUUCAUCCUUUCAUCCUUUCUUUCUUUCUUUCUUUCUUUCUUUUCUUUCUUUCUUUCUUUCUUUCCUUUUCCUUCUUAG